GGGCCGAGGGAGGCCUCCAGUCAGGCUUCUGGUCUUCGCCGGUUCGAGACGAUCCCGUCAGACGAAGCCGCCUGGCCAAAGAGCCUAGCGGACGCGGUGGCGACUUCGGAGGUGCUCUCUGCGCGCCGGCCUCCUCGGCCCCUUGCGACUUGGAUCACGACGCUCGAUGCCGUGCCGCCGGACCAGCGUUCUGCCGCCUCGCCUGCGCGUGCGCCGGCGCCGCCCCCUGCCCCAGCGCCUACAGUUUUGCGCACUGGCGCGGACACGGUGGGGAACGGUCAGGGUUUGCGCAGCAUCCUCCCUGGCUGGGGAAA